GAUGUUCGCUGAAGCGCCGUUACUAUGUCCUCUUCACGAGGCAGUGGCCCGGAAUCGGGAGAGCUCAGUGAUUCUGAGGACGGUUAUUUAGAUACAGAUCCAUUAAGGUAUGAACUGAGAAAUAUCCAAAAUGUGAUACACGUUACUCGACAAAACAUUGAUGCUUUGAACAACCGCUUUGCUGGAUUUCAACAUCCACCUUCUAUAUACUUGAACGAAUAUCAAGAGCUAACUAGUAAGUUACAUGAUCUAGAAUCCAAGGAACAGAAGCUCAAUGAAUUGUUAAAUGCCAGUCGAAUAUCUGGUAGUGCUUCCACCUCCGAAAGUGAAUCACGUGAAGCCAAUGCAUCUACAAAGGGUCAGAGAACACCGAUGAGAUCUCUGCUCAGGGCUUAUUUGCCUAAUCAACAACGCACUAGUGUACAGGUUCGUGAGGGACUUUCAUUGAGAGACGCGCUUGCCAAAGCGAUGAAACUAAGAAACUUGACUACUGAAAUGUGCGUGGUAUAUAUUUUGGGAGCAGAUAAUUCCAAAUAUUAUACAUCCUGGGAUACAGACAUCUCUCUGCUUGAUUGCGAUGAAAUAUCUGUGGAAAUUUUGGAUAAGUUUCCAAUAACUACUUCCAUUUCGCAUAACUUUGUGCGCAAGACUUUCUUUUCACUAGCGUUUUGUGAAUGUUGUAGAAAACUCCUCUUUCAGGGAUUUUAUUGUAGAACAUGUAAUUAUCGGUUUCAUCAAAGGUGUGCAGGUGGUGUACCAGCUUUGUGUCACCAAGUACGUAUGCAGGAUGCUUAUUACCAAGCAUUACUUGCUCAUAAUCUUGAGAGUACCGCUGGGAUUUUGCAACUUCCUUCUGGUUAUGGUUUAAGCAGAAGUAUGUCCCCAUCUUUAGCUCCAUCAAGAAAUCAGAGGCAUCCACGUUCUUUGGGACAACAAGAUCGCUCCAGUUCAGCGCCUAAUGUUUGUUUUAAUAUGGUCAAACCAAGCGGAGAUUCUGCUAAUUUAGAUGAGUACAGUAGAUCUCAAAGUUUAGGUCGUCCUAUUGGUAUUAUGCAAAGUGCAGUGUCGCCUGGUAGCAGUCCAACAAAACAUAGUCAGUCAACACAGGCUAGUCCUACCAGUACCUUGAGGCCAAAAAGACCAAGAGCAAGAUCAGCAGAUGAAUCAUCUAAAAAUCUUUUAGCACCUAGAGAAUCCAUAGAAGAUUGGGAAAUUCCAGCAGAUGAAAUUUUAGUUGGAGCUCGUAUUGGAUCAGGUUCUUUUGGAACAGUGUACAAAGCUCAUUGGCAUGGACCUGUAGCUGUAAAAACACUCAAUGUUAAAAUACCAACUGCUGCUCAGUUACAAGCAUUUAAAAACGAAGUAGCAGUUUUGCGCAAAACGCGACACGUAAAUAUUCUUUUAUUCAUGGGAUGUGUGAGCAAACCGCAGCUUGCAAUUGUUACUCAGUGGUGCGAAGGGUCUUCAUUGUAUAAACAUUUACACGUAUUUGAGACAAAGUUUGAUUUAUUCACGUUGAUAGAAAUUGGAAGACAAACUGCGCAAGGUAUGGAUUACCUACACGCAAAAAACAUUAUCCAUAGAGAUUUGAAAAGUAAUAAUAUAUUCUUACACGACGAUCUUACUGUGAAAAUUGGCGAUUUCGGCUUAGCUACGGCAAAGACUAGAUGGUCUGGUUCUCAACAAUUCCAUCAGCCAACUGGAUCUAUCCUUUGGAUGGCACCAGAAGUGAUACGAAUGCAAGAAGAAAAUCCAUACAGUUUCCAGUCCGACGUAUAUGCGUUCGGCGUUGUUUUAUUUGAAUUAUUAUCUGGACAGUUACCGUAUUCACACGUUAAUAACAAGGAUCAAAUAUUAUUUAUGGUUGGACGAGGAAAUUUACGUCCCGAUUUAAAUAAAUUACGUUCGGAUACUCCAAAAGCAUUGAAGAGACUGACAGAAGAUUGUAUCAAAUUUUCUAGAGAAGAGAGACCAAUAUUUCGUCAGAUUUUAGCUAGUUUAGAGGGUCUUUCGCGAGGAUUGCCCAAAAUAACAAGAUCAGCGUCUGAACCAAAUUUGAAUAGGACACAACUACAGUCGGAUGAUUUUGUAUACACCUGUGCUUCACCAAAAACUCCAGUGAACUUCCAGUUCGGGGCAUUCUCUUUUUAUCCUUCUGGUGGAAACAUAUAAAAGUAACACCCGAAGCAAUGAGUCUGAUGCAAUUUGCAUAAAUAGAAUAUUUACGAAGAAAUUUUAAAGGAAUCAUAAUAAACUUAGCUACGAACAAUCUAUGCAAUUCUUUCCAACUACACUUUGACAGUGUUGCAAAACUGUUUGCUCGAUGUAGAAUGUGAUUACAGAAUACUUAAUGCAACUAAGAUAAAAGGGACAAGAAAUUCAUCUUAUUAAUCAACGUAUCUGAUUGUAUUUGGCAAGAACGCAUGCGUAGCUUUUACCUUUACAUACUUACUAUCUACGAGAAGGACUUUUAUUUAAUGAGUUGUCGCUCGUGUGUAAAUGCAUAUUCUCAAAGCGUGUGUAUACGCGCCAAGAUAGUGUGUGUAGAGGUCUGUUACUUUUGUGGAAUCCUUAUGAAGGAUGUAAAAAUAAAAUUAAACUAUUUUGGUUAAAAAUAAAACCAAAAAAAGAUUACGUGGUAUUGAAAUGACAAAUCAAAUUAGAAGUCAAAUAAAAAGAAUGAAAGUGAUAUGUACACUUGACCUAUUGACUCUUAAGACUUCAUUAAUAAAAUAUUGGACUCUAUGAGAAGCGUGAGUCACUUAUUCUAGCUUAAAAGUUUAUUGAAAGCAUAGGUAGGAAUUUAGGGCCUAAGCCAAUAAAUUUUAUCGAUCGACAAUUAAGGGAAUGCAUUCGUGUUGCGACUUAAUAAUUGAGAAAAAGGGAAGGAAAAAAAGAACGUUAUCGACUAACUUCCAUUUUCCUAUCUUUAUAGUCGACUUGUUGUUCCUUGUAUUUUAAUAUUUAUUCGUUUAUACUAUAACUACUCUCUCUCUUUCUCUCCUCGCUCUCCCUCAUCCUCCUUCCCUCUACCUCUCUUUUUUCAUUUUUUUCUUGUAAGCUGUUCAUUGUUCGAGACGGACAAUGCAGGAAGGGGCGCGAAUUUCACUUCGAGCCGAUAGAUCAGAAAUAAAAAGAUAAGUAUUUGUUACGCGGCAUCGAAGGCUCGAGUUAAACAAGUAUGGCAAUUAAAGAAACUUUGUUACAAUAAACGUGUUUCAGAUAACGGCCCCGACGAGCAGUAAAUAAGUUAACGAGUGAAUUGUGUACGGACUACAAGUAUAAUAAGUAUAUACAGGGUGUCUUAUGAAAUUAAUAUAAACUAUUUAAAAAAGUAAUUUUUGUAAAAUUUUCUUUUCAGCGCAAAACGAUCUUAGAAGUUAAAGUAAUUAAAAUUUUAAGGCGUGGAACUAAUUUAUAUACUCUGAUGUAUCGUAAGCUUUUUCUUCGACCAAGGAAAGGAGUAGAGGGAGAGAUUUUCCACCACUUUCGAUCUUUUCUUUCUAAACUUUCCGUAGGUUUUUUCUAGUCUCUUUCAAAAUGCUUUCUGAGCACGCUUUAGAUCUCCAUAGGUUCUUUGUAUAUUCCCUCUAUAGUAUUAUGUAUUAUAAUUUUUAAAUUAAAAAUUGGACACUUUUUAUUUGAACAAUGAUUGUGUACAUUUUUAGUUAUGUUCUUUCUCUUAUACUAACAAUCACACGACACCCUGUAUAUAGAAACAUACUUGACGAUAAAGUAAGCGUAUCAAAAUUUAUUUAUUCGUGACGAGUAACUAGGGAAAAGUUAAGGAGGGGGUGAAAAAUUAGAUAAACUUGUUCGGUACGCGUCUGAUGCGAUCGAUAGCGCGGGAAUAAAAUCAAAGGUUUAUUUAACACAGAAAGCUCUUAAUUAUUACAAAGAAAUUUUAACGCUAAUGAACAACAACACUGUAAAUUAACUACGUUUUAACUUCGUUUUGCACACAACCGCUAUUUUAAAUCGUUUUUCUAACUUCGCGAACUCUCUGGAAACCGUCUUUCACGUCUGAAUGUCGCCAACUCACUGCUCCUUUUUUUUCAUCGUUUAUUUGUCACGCUGUCAAUUUAUUAGUAAAAUCGAUAAUUCUCGAAUGUGGUAUUUACAACUAAUCGAUCCUACCACUAACCUGCAUUCUACAAUAGUGAACUUUACAAUCGUGUUAAGCGACAUUUUGCAACAUUCUGCGCUAAAAUUUAAUGUCGACUCGAAACACGUUUCCAACAAGUAUAUAUAUAUUAUAUAUAUAAAUGGCCUAAGAGGAAAUCUUCGAAAUUGAUUAUUAGUUGUAUAGACUAUUAUAGUGGUCUUGUUUCGACAGAAAAGCACGCGGCAUCCCGAUUUUUGUUAUUUAUUUAUUUAUGUAUAAUCCAGUGUGAUAUAGACUGCGACUAAAAAAAAUAGUGAAAAAUAAAAAAAAAUAAAAGAGAUAAAAAUUCGAAAGGAAAACUGUGCGUUGGAGAUUGAAAUCUCGUUGAGAAUGCGUGAAAAAAGAAAACAAGGAAAAAGGUGAAAAGCAUUGCUGAAACGUGUUCACCGGAAGCAAAACGACGCACUUUUCAUUGUUAAAUAACGCUUUCUCGUCCCAGGGAAACAGUGAACUGUGAAACAUAAUUAACGAUAUUACAAAAAUACUGCGAAAAAUAAAGAAAGGGCGGAGGGUUAAGCACAUUUGCUUUGCGAAAUUCCUUUAAAGUGCAAUACUCUGUAAUAAAAACUUCUUUGAUAUACGUAUUAUUUCGUAACAUUUUGAUAGCCGCAAAUUUUAUAGGAUUUACGGCCUUUUCGUUUGCUAUCGAAGAUUAAAUUAUUGAUAGAUUUAUAAUCGUUGAUUCUAUACAUUGAGAAAAAUGGAAAAUUUUCAGACCAGAAGGCAGAAUCAAAUUUGAUCCCUUGGAAAAAACAUUGACUGUAAAUAAGAAUUUAUGAUCUUGUGCUUUACUCUCCUCCUUGAUCGAUCUUCCUGCACGUUAUUAUCAAAUCUUAGGAUGUUAUUAUUAUUAUUUUUCUUGGGAGACAUUCCUCUGUACAUUGCUUCGAUGUAGAAGGGUCUGAAAGCGAUUGCGAGCGAUCGAGAAUGUUUUGUGCCGAUUUGCAUGUUGAAAAAUAUAAAUCAUGUACGAUGUACAGGAUGUUUCAGAACUUGAACUAUUAAAUUUUGCCAUUCUUCAUAAAUAGAACUUGAAUAAGUUGCGAACAUUCUUAACGAAGAAUUAAUAAGUAAAACUAAGAGGUUGUUGCAUAUAAGCGAUUUUGAAACGUACAUUUCGCAACAGGAAAAUAUCGUAAAAUAGUGAAUGUGAAUGUUUUAUUAAUGAUUUUUAUACAAAAUGGCUGGCUAACAAUUAUGGCAAACCAUGAAUCGCAGUGAUGAUCGUAUUUUGCUUCUUGGUAGCUUCCUGUCAAGGACUGUUUCCUAAUCAAGACUAUUUUUAAUUUAAUACAAUAAAGCAAAAUAAUUAACAAACACAUAAUGCAAUAUAUAAGUUCGAAGAUUAAAUCAGAUAAGCAAUCCUGCCCAAAAUGAUAAUUUUGUAUGUAAAUCUGCCAUUUCAUCUGCAACAACCUAACAUUUUAACACGAGAGGAAGAACUUUUAUUAUUUAAAAUAAUUAAAAAUUAUUAACUUAAAUCAUUCUAUUACGUAUGAAAAAAAUUAUAUUUGUGCUAAUAUAGGAAGAUAUAGUAUCUAACUUUGAAACAUCCUGUACAUUCAAAGAGUUGACUCCUGAAGGCUUAAAAUCGAUUCGAAUAAAUUGUAAUUAUUUAAAAUAUCCAGAAAUAGUUAAAAUAAUGUAUCGAUCUAUGAGUCUUGAAGAGUCUACUUGAAUCUGUCGAUGAAAACUACUGAACUUUUAUAGCUCUUAAAAUCGAUCAGAUAUCGAAGCAAAGUGUGAUUACUUUAGAGAACAUAAGGCUAAACAGCAUCGACAUUUGUUAAUCGUGUAGGAGUUUAAAACGAAUCGUUUCCUUCGAAUUCUGCCAGAUAUAGCAUCGCAUAGGUUUGACACGAUAAAAAAAAGACUGGAUCGAGCGAGAUUUUUAGUUUGAUCGACGGACGUUUGAUCGUAACAGGAUUUCGGAGCAUCGUUUUUUGUCAAAUCACGCUGAAACUGCUGUCAACCCGAAACCGCGUGUCUUAUAACGAGAUAGCGUGACCGAGAUUGGAGAUACUUAAUUCAAUCAAUCAUGACGAUCGAUUGAUCAUUGUAUUCAACCAAAAAAAAGAAGCAAAAAUAAAAAAUUAACUCUUCAUGUAAACAAGUCUCGUUCUUUUUAUU